UCCUCAAUGCCCAGCUCUCUUAUACGAGCAGGUAUUGCCGACUUCGGGUUCUACCCGCCUUUCGGGAUUCCAUUGGAGGGUCCAGGCAAUACUCACGCGCUUCUCCCUUCACCUAACGACUGCCAAGACCCGCUAUAAAUCACACUCACACCUCAAUCACCACGCAUUCUGAGCUCGCGAUUACGAUCUGGAACCUCGGCCUACCGUACGGAUUGCAACGGAUCCGCCGCGGCUGCACAGUCCGCCAUGGAUUCCCCCAGAGCCGGUGCUCCCGGCCCGCCCCAAACGCCUCCCAGUAUGAAUGUUCCUGUCCCUGUCUCGCCGGAAUCGACUGCACCACCCGGGCACUCGCCACUCCCACAGGACUAUGCCAACGAGAAUGAGACCGGCGCGCGUGGCCGCUCAAGCGAGAGCCUUAGUACACUCUCUUUCGAUUUCUUAGUCAAGGUCCAGCAAGUCUUCGGCCAGCAUUCGGAUGAGUGGAAGGUGAUCAACCGUGCUCUACUUCAAUUCAAACACAGGGCUAUGAGCAAGAAGGAAGCUCAUCACAUCAUGACGCAAGUAUUAAACGACAACGACAUGCUCGGUUAUGACCUGUUCGAUAUCAUGAACCACCCUGACGCCGAUUGGGCGCCGGAGGACUGGUCUCGGCACAUCAUUCCUCCUGGGUCUCUACUGACACUCAAUCCCACUUCGCCUGAUUUCCUUGAGCCAUCACACGAGCCCAACAUCCCUCGACUGCCAUCCAUGUUCCAGGCCUUGGGUGGUAACUCAAACGCAUCUUUGCCACAUUCAUCCGUCAAUCCCGCCAUUCUUCAGUCACCGUCGAUGCCUUACGUCGCGCGCCCGUACCACGGCGGUCAAGAGCAGUUAGAUUCGUUUGGUUCGGCCUUCGGAGGCUACCCUGGACAUGGUGCCCUUCAAGAGCAGUCCACACCACACUCUCAAGGCUUGCGCAUUAGCUGGACCCCUGACUCCUUCGUGCCUAAUAGUCCGUCGUCUCGCGUUCUUCUGAUGACAGACUCAAUCCCUCUCUCGCAACAUCAUUUAUCACCAUCGUGGUAUCAUGAUUCGACUUUGGCACCACCGAGGGAUGCCCGCCGCGAGAUGGGCAUGCUUCCACAUGCACAGACGUACAACCGAAACGAGCUGCACUCCUCAGCCGCACACACUGCUGGGCUCUAUCAGCAAUACUCACAACGCCAUCAACGGCAGAACGGUCAUUAUAUGGGCGAUUGGGCGAACGACAAUCUUUGGCAACAUGAGCAUGAGCCCAACCAGGCAUCACACAUGUCCCCUAGUUUUCACAGUCAAGCUUCUCCACAACGAGCUUUGGGACAGCUAAGCUCGAACGCAUCGCCCUCCAUGAUCGCAACACCUGCAAUGAGUGUGGCGAACAUUCCUAGGCCAUUUCGGAACGAGCUGCAUAGAAGUGAAACUGAGUAUGUAGGGGAUAAGCAGAACAUCAACACGCACGAGUCAUACGACGAUGCAACUGCGAACAACGAUGGAUCACGUGCCAGGCCAUCCGGAGAAAACGAAGCAAAGCGAUCCGUGGACCAGCCACCAGAAGGCGGUUUCAUUCACGCAAUCUGUGGAAGGGGCUUUUAUUCCAGAAGCGCAGUCAAGAAGCAUCACUGGGGCCCUAGGGCCGGAGACUUGACGACGACUCGAGGCUGUUGGGCUAAGAAUAAGAAACCGAAUGUUGCUUGGGACGCGCAUCCCAGCUGCAAAACAGGAUCUACUCGUUCGAGCAAGAACAUUCGCCAGUCAAUUGUCACCGGUAACGACAAUUCUGUAACACUAAGCCCCGAGUUGAACGCAGCGGAAACACCGAGCACGGUGUUUGGGCGUUCGACAGCCCAGCGAUUCAAUGACAACCCUGCUCAUGGUUUGAAUACUCUGGUAUCUGCUGCCUCCUUCGCUGAGAGGAUUGACGCACCGAAGCCACAAGACGGUCGAAACGAUUCCGUCGUCGCUCAACUCGACGCGCAAGCUGCUAUAGCCGAACGCAAUCGUAGGAUGUUGCCGCCUUGGUCUACUCCGACCGGGUCUGGGACCGCAAUCACAGGAAGGAGCCCGUACAUACAGAUGCAGGCGGCUACCGCUCACUUGGGCACCACCUUUAGUCCGUCGAAUGGGAUCCCCACAGCUAUGAUGUCGCCAUCUCAGCAUUCCGAGGGGUUGACUUCCUUUGAAGGCCAGACUAGCCACGCUCAGACUGUCCAGGAAGACGAUGUCGAACCCAAAAUGGACAUCAACGUGAGCAAGAAGCGGCAGCGCGCUACCAGCAAGAAGGUGCGCGUGUCCACGCGCGUGAAAAAGCCGCCAGAGUCACAGUCUUCAAGCCUGGAUUGGAAGAAGGUGCAGGUACAAAAGUAGAAAUCCAAGUACGCCAGCAUACUCCAGUAUGAAACAACCAGCGGCCAGAACGACCCAAGUGUCGUCUUUUGCUCAUAUGAGGUUGUCCGACAGCAUCGACUGUUGUCUCAAGUUGUCUUUGCACCUAUGAUGUUCAAGGUCAUGUAUCAAUGCAUGUACAUGUCUGGUGGACAGGAAGAAUUGGCUAGGG